AGUCCUCACGGUAGUGCAGGAAGGGGAGCAGAGCCUAGGGGCGGCUGUCACAGCUGCAGAGAAAGAGCUAGGAGGAGAAUCCAGGGGACGCUGGUGGGCGGGAGGGGGCUUGCUAGGGAAACUAAAAUCAAAGAGCACCCGAGAGCUGAGCCAGAGACGCCGCAAAGCCGGGGGCUCCGUAGUGCGGGGCACCGGGCACUAGUCUGCCGCGGAAGAGCUUCCACUUUAAAAGCUGUUCCACAAAAUCAGAAUCAGGAUCCACAACAAGCUCAGCCAGAUAAAUCAGACAUUUCUAAGCAGGCUUCAACUACAGAAGUACAAAUUGGACCCAUGAGACUGACACAAGAUCCUGUACAGGUUUUGCUGAUCUUUGCAAAGGAAGACAACCAAAGUAAUGGAUUCUGGUGGGCUUGUGAUAGAGCUGGGUACAGGUGUAGUUUUGCCCGAACACCAGAGUCAGCACUUGAAUGUUUUCUUGAUAAGCACCAUGAAAUAAUUGUCAUAGAUCACAGGCAUUCCAGAUACUUUGACGCAGAAGCGAUCAGCAGGUCAAUCCGUGCUACAAAGCCAUCGGAACACACUGUGAUACUUGCUGUUGUUCCCCGCAUAUCUGCUGACCAAGAAGAGCCUUCUGUUCUUCCCCUUCUCCAUGCAGGGUUCGAUAGGAGAUUUAUGGAGAAUAGCAACAUAAUUGCUUGUUACAAUGAAUUGAUUCAAAUAGAACAUGGAGAGGUGCGGUCACAGUUCAAACUACGGGCUUGUAAUUCAGUGUUUACAGCACUAGACCAUUGUCACGAAGCUGUAGAAAUAACCAGUGAAGAUCAUGUUAUUCAGUACGUCAACCCAGCCUUUGAACGGAUGAUGGGCUAUCGCAAGGGAGAGCUUAUGGGAAAGGAACUUACUGAGCUACCAAAAAGUGAUAAAAACCGUGCAGACCUUUUAGACACUAUCAACAUGUGUAUCAAAAAAGGAAAGGAAUGGCAAGGGGUUUACUAUGCAAGAAGAAAAGCAGGAGACAGUAUUCAACAGCAUGUGAGGAUAACACCUGUGAUUGGCCAGGGAGGGAAAAUUAGACAUUUUGUGUCCAUCAAGAAGCUGUGUUGUACCAAUGAAAACAAUAAACAGCUCUACAAGAUUCAUCGUGAUGAGAAGUAUGCAGGAGACAAUUCACAGGCAGAAUCCCACUCCUUCAGAUGCAAGAACAGGAGGAAAGAAUCAGUUGAUGUCAAAUCAAUAACCUCUCGAAGCAGUGAUGCACCAAGUUUACAAAAUCGUCGGUAUUCAUCAAUGGCAAGAAUCCACUCAAUGACAAUAGAAGCACCCAUCACAAAGGUUAUUAACAUCAUCAAUACUGCUCAGGAGAACAGUCCUGUCACAGUAGCAGAGGCUUUGGACAGAGUUUUGGAAAUCUUACGGACCACAGAACUUUACUCCCCUCAGCUAGGUACCAAAGAUGAAGAUCCUCAUACAAGCGAUCUUGUUGGAGGCCUGAUGACGGAUGGCUUGAGAAGACUGUCAGGAAAUGAGUAUGUGUUUUCUAAGAACAUGAACCAAAGCCACAGUCACCUUUCAGUGCCAGUUACCAUCAACGAUGUGCCGCCUUGUAUCGCACAGUUACUUGAUAAUGAAGAAAGCUGGGACUUCAAUAUUUUUGAGGUGGAAGCUGUUACCAAUAAAAGGCCAUUAGUUUAUUUGGGUUUAAAAGUUUUUGCCCGUUUUGGAGUCUGUGAAUUUUUAAACUGUUCAGAAGCAACACUACGAGCCUGGUUUCAGGUGAUAGAAGCCAACUACCACUCCUCGAACGCAUACCACAACUCCACACAUGCAGCAGAUGUUUUACAUGCUACUGCAUUCUUUCUUGGAAAGGAGAGAGUGAAGGGAAGCCUUGACCAUUUAGAUGAGGUGGCUGCAUUAAUAGCUGCCACAGUUCAUGAUGUGGAUCAUCCAGGACGGACCAACUCUUUCCUGUGUAAUGCAGGCAGUGAAUUAGCUGUACUUUAUAAUGACACUGCUGUAUUGGAAAGCCACCAUACAGCGUUGGCAUUUCAGCUCACAGCGAAAGACAACAAAUGCAACAUUUUCAAGAAUAUUGAUAGGAACCAUUAUCGGACAUUGCGCCAGGCUAUUAUUGACAUGGUUUUGGCAACAGAGAUGACAAAACACUUUGAGCAUGUGAACAAGUUUGUGAACAGCAUCAACAAGCCCAUGGCAUCUGAGGAAACCAACUCAAAUAGUGAAGGCAGUGACUGUGAAUGUACAACCAAUGUGAAGAAUUUUCCAGAGAACCAGACACUGAUCAAACGUAUGAUGAUUAAAUGUGCAGAUGUAGCAAAUCCAUGUCGCCCUUUAGAACUGUGUGUCGAAUGGGCUGGGAGGAUUUCAGAGGAAUAUUUUGCACAGACCGAUGAAGAGAAAAGACAGGGUCUACCGGUUGUAAUGCCAGUAUUUGACCGAAACACCUGUAGCAUCCCCAAGUCUCAGAUCUCCUUCAUCGAUUAUUUUAUAACAGACAUGUUUGAUGCCUGGGAUGCAUUUGCACAUCUACCUGUUUUGAUGCAACACUUGGCUGAUAACUACAAACAUUGGAAGACAUUAGAUGAGUUAAAGUGCAAGAGUCUCAGGCUUCCAGCAGAGAACAACUGAAGCUAAGAAGAAAACAGGCCCUCUUGAUCUACCAGUCACACUGUGAAUCCUUUACUGAAUUAGAUACAAGAGGCAUGGUGUCUCCUUUAAUAUGAACUUAAUCUCUGCAGCAAGGAGAAUAUUUUAUUCCUCACUUUUAAAAUGCUCUAGAUUCUACAACAUUGCUUUUCAUAAAGGUAUGUAUGUAACUGGAAAUGAAUAAAUGAUCUUUGGAACUAUCCUUUCAUGGCAGAACAGGUAUUUCUAAAGCUAAUUUGUAAUGUUUGUUUAGUGCGUUUGUCAAAUCUUGUAACAGGUGCAAUCUUAUUUAGUGACUAAAAGACAUUAUGUACAAAAGGUUCUCCUACAAAAGUAUAAUCUAUUCUCCUGUGAAAUGCAAAAUAGGUUACUCAAACGCAAAACAGAAUAAAAUCUACCAUAAUUUGGCAUAAAUGUGUCCCCCUUACAUAUGUUUUCCUCACAAGGAAAACCCUUUGAGAAGUUUAAGACACUCCAGAGUAGAAGUAGUAAGGCUUCACAAAUUGUUAGGAUAAAUAAUUGUAAAACCUACUGUUUUCAGAGAGGAACACUACUUAGACUGCCUACACACUUUAACCUUUUGUUUUUAAUCAAAGAUUGAAUAUACCUUUACCUCAGUCAUAUGGGACAGACCAACCAGUUUCCUUUCUUUCCCAUAUAAAUGCUUGAUUAUUAAAAAUAAAUCAGUCAGAUUUAAUUCAAUUUGUUACAUAAAGAACAUUUAUUGUGGUUCAUAUAACUGGCGUGAUUCAUUUUUGUCUGUGCUGUCAUAUCGGUUACUGGGGACUUUUAAUCAUAUUUUAUAUUAGCCAAUACACUGUAGAACAGAUUAAUAACCUUUUUAAUAAAAUGUGACCAUAUGUACAAACAAUUAAGAUUUUAUUAAACUGAUCUAAAUUUUAUGGACACAAGGCCAUAUAUUGUGUUAUAUAUAGUAUGGACCUGUAGCUUUAUGAGUUUUCAGAUUAUAAAUUAUAACAGCAUUAUAACUUAUGCUUUUUCCCUCUAAUAAAAAUACUGUUUUAUUAGAUGAUGUAAAAAGUAUUUCAAAAAAUGUAAAUAAGUUAGAAACUGAAAGUAUUUUCAUUAGUUUUAAAAUAUGAAAUUUAUGGUAACGCUUCCAAAGCACAAAUGCAUAUUUUUAUACAUCUCAUUUUAAUCACUACUUUGUGCAAACCCUGAGUUCAAGAUUUUAGACUUUGUUUAUACUAGCAAAAUAGCUAAUGGAAAUUACUGAUUUUAAUACUGUGUGCACUCCAAGCUACAGUCGAGUUACAAGCUGUGACUUUUAUAUAAAAGAGGUAGCACAUUGCUCAUAGAAAAUAAAGGACUUUGGACAAGUUCUAGACCUCUGUUUUGUGCUAUAUCAAGUAGCAAACCAGGCGAAGAGAAAAUACGACAUACUGCUCUGGAGGAAAUAUGACAAUGAUUGUAGUUUACUGCAGGAAGCUUACAUAAUGUGCCAACAUUUUUCUAUGUUUUGUACCAAGUUAUGUAAACAAAGGGAAACGGCAUACAAUUUCCAUGCAGAGAAAUGUAUAUAAGCUAUAUUUUUGUUAGAAUUGUAAUAGAACCUUACUUUUGUCAUAGCUGGGGCAGUUUGCUGUGUAUGAUAAUGCUGCUUUGUGUAUAUUUGAAGAAUGGUGUUUUGGGUGAACUGUUCUAUAUUCAUUAUUCUCAUGAUGUCCCACUAUUAGCUCUAAUUACAUUUUUUUCCAAUAGAUUUUUAUUCAAAUAAGUUGACCUCCAGGUUUUAUACUGUAAAAAUGUUUGCUGUUCUCAUUCUUCAUUUUAAGAGCAAGUAUUCUGGCAGUGGUUGUAUCCUGAACCAUUUAUAUGCUAAAAGACUGUAGCUUCUGUUGGGAGAAGGGGAAAGAUCUCCCAUGAAACGUCAUAGUGUUGUGUCUAACUCAGUUUGUUAAAUUCAAUAUCUGUUUUCAGACUACAGAUGUUCUGUAUAAAGAUUUAUUUCAGCUUCCUAUUGUCAAAUUUUAUACCAACUUUAAACUCUUACAGUACUGUAGAUAUGUUAACUGUUGAAGAAAUAAAGCUCAACCACAUUUCUGUUUACCUGAAGCUUUAAUCUGCAGUCAAUAUUAGUUGUAAAAUUCUAACUUACUUAGCCUCAAUUUUUGUUUAUUCACUGAUUGAGGAAAGUGCAGAGUACAAUGAUGACCUUGUCCAAUAAAAGUCUUAGGCUAUGUGUAUACCACUUAUACCAGCAAAACUUGUCACUUAUCCUUGUUGGGUUUUUUCCUUUCUUCUGUUAGAGCUUUCUCCUGCUGGUUUUAGCGUAGGAAUGAGUGGCCUGAUCCUUAUGUUUUAAUUGGGCUUCCUAUAGCUUCAACUCUGCUAAAUUCAGAAUUAGACUUUAAACCUUUCCCCUGAUUCAAAAGGAAGAGGUGGUACAGGAAAAGCUAUGGCUCUGUACUUCAACAGGAUGCAUGACCAUCAUGCCCUAACAACCUGUUUUUAAAACUGCCAUGUUUCUCUCUGGGCUUACUACUUUAAAACUAACAAAAAAACUUCCCCCAGAUUUCUCUCUAACACUAAACAAGCCAUUUCUAGUCUGUUGAAUACAGAGGUUCUUGCAUUCUAAAAAGCCUAGCAAUUAUCAAACUGAGAUGAGGAAAUGAUUAAAAGUGGAAAGCUAACCUGUAACUGUGUACUAACCACACUGUUACAUAAGCCAUCUCAGGUGCAUUAAUCCCCAUUAAGGACACUACUGUGAGAGCUUAUCUAGACUACUGGGAACAGUCAAAAGAGGAUAUGCAAAUUCCACAGGAAUUUGCAGAUAUUCUUCUAAUCAUGCUUUCGAAAGUGAAAGUAGUUUAGACGCAGCUUUUUCUGCAAACCUCCACUUGUCGAAAAGCCGCAAAAACCUCAAUGCCUGCAGAAUUUGCAUAUCCUUUCGACUGUUCCCAGUAGUCUAGAUAAGCCCUGAGCUACCAGUAGCCUUCUACUUGGAGUUGGCAAAACAAAUACAGUCAAUGGCCAUUUCUUCCCCUACUUUUGUGCACAUUAUAAAAAUUUAAAAUACUAAAAAUCAUUUACCUAAUGACAUUCAUGUUUCUAAUUUUCUGCAGACAUUUAAACCCAAACCACUAAUCAAAAAGCCAUCUACUUCUGCAUUUAAGUAAGAGACUAUAUAAAUGAAACCACUAAUUAUGUUUUGUUGACCCUCAUGUGAGGGUGGCUGUAUUAGAAGUAGGGAUAUAAGCAACUACUUGAGUAGUCAACUACCUGAUAAGCUUAGGCUUAUCAACUAGUUGAGUCUCUUUCUCCCACCCCUCCACCUCUGAUAGAGGCAGCAAGGGGGAGUAGGGACAGGAACUAGUGCUGAGGGAGCUGGCUUAAAAGGGAGGCAGAGCCACCCAUGCUGCAACUCGGUCUUGUAAAUAUACUAAGAGCCGUCUAGGCAGAACCACAGCCAUCUGGGACCCAGCGCAAGCUGGGACUACUGAGUCCCAGCUCGCACUGGGUCUUGGACCUACUCCCCCUCCCUCGCUGCAGACUGCCUGCACACCUGGCCCCUACAACAUUUAAACGGCAGCACCACAGCAGAGGCUUAUCAACUAAUAGUGUAAUCAAUAUAAAUUGUAUCAAGUACACGAUUAGUCAUUUACCUGCUUAACAUCCUUAAGUGAAAAUCCCAACAAACAACUGUUUGAUUCAACUAAGAAUUUUAGUCUAAUGCUUAUCUCUAGAUUGAUUCUUUAAAGAAAUUAUGGAUG